GUGAUCAAUAUACUCGGAUUGAUCAUUUGUUUUACAGCUACGAUCGGGAUGGUUGGUGCAUUCUGCCAAGACCGACAAGCAAUUCACAUCCUUUACACUACGAUUGUCAUUAUCGCUUUAAUAUACCAAAUUUCCGUUGCAGUGGUAGUCUAUGACCAGGCUGCCCAUACAACAACAUGGCUCAGCGAGACAUGGUCUGAGGCAACGCAGGAAUACAGAGAAUAUGCGGAAAAUAAGUUCACAUGUUGUGGAUUCUCUCAUGCUUACGACCAUCCUGUCCCGACCACAACUUGCCAGCCCGACGAUAUCGUCAACUCUGCACCCCCAUGCUAUCAUCCACUGACACGGUUCAUGCAACACAACCUUCAAAUCAUUUACAUCAUUCUAUUCGCCGCAAUCAGUAUCGAGAUUCUCGCCCUGUGCAAUGCUGUCACCUUACUCUGUGCACGCUAUGUCGGACCCACCUCCGUUGCGGACGAAUCUGCUGCAUCCAGAACGCCACCCCGACGCCGAUGGAUGACAAAGCCCGCCGAAGUUAAUCCUGCAGAGAUCAUCCCGAUGGGUUCUAUGGACGACCACGAUAAAGACAAGUACCAACAAAAGAAAAUGAUUGAUUCUGUGCUUUCAGUCAACACAGAUGAAAGACAGUAUAGGCAAUACUAG